UAUUUUCUUUGGCAGCUUUCGAUAGCGCGACACUUGUUUCUCCAUCGGGAAUGCUUUCGGCAUAACGUGGAAAGUAUUCUGUAUGAAUACGGAUUAAAUGUCACUCGACCCUUAAUUGCAUUUAAUAGUUUUACAGCUGGUGUUAUGGCAGAAAUAAAAGGAUAACGGAUCGAGUGAUCCGUGUAAUUUUAAUGUUGGAAAUUCAAUUUCAAUUUAGAACUAUUUUAGAUCAUUUUAUUUUAAUAUAUAACGUUCAAAUAAAAUUCAGAAAACAUAUGUAUAAAUAUAUAGUGUAGUCGAAUUGAUUGCUCAACGACCUUGACGGUCUUUCCGAACCGCGAAUCGAAUAAACACUUUUUACAUGUAACAAUAGCGAGUUACGGUCGUUUCUGAAUUUUACCAAUUAUAUAUGUAUUCGUUCGUAUAAAAGAAACGACGAACGAGAAGAGUAUGAAUAACAAAAGGCGCGAUGACCUUUGGAAAAAUGUUAAAAGAACUACAAAUAUUCUCAACUGUCGAGUCUAUCGAACAGCCUUUGGAUUGUUUCAGGAAAAGGAAUAUGAGGCUUAUCCCGUUGCGAGUGUAUCCGCUGCUAUUCUUACUAACGGAAAUCGAUGCAGCAGGGAUAGGCGAGGCAUGGCAAGUUUCUCCGCACAGCACGGAUUACCGGGAUCAGCCAUCCUGGCCCAGAUCGGAUUCUUCCGCGUUCGAGAUUCGCACCGUGAGCGGUUUCGGUCACCUGAAUCCUCUCGAAAAGGCUGAAAGAACCUCGAAGAAACGUGACAUCGAAUCGGACGUUGUCCCGAAAGAAAAUCGUCCCCGCGAAAGAAACGACGCGGAUCUCGCGAUGACCGUUCGACCGGCGGAAAGAGUAUCCAGGAGACGUCGCGACGCGGAGAACGAAACGAACCUGGAAGAGAUAUCGAAGAAAAACGUACGGGAAGCCCGUCUCGGCCUGGCGGAUUCUUGGUCCGCUCAACCGUUGUCCGUGGAGUUUCCUCGGCGAAGUCUCGAUCGGACGAUGCAGGCCAUGGACGAGGAGGAGUCGACGAACGGUAGGGGCUAUCAGGCACCGAGGGCAGACUUCGUGACCAGCCACCAUAGGAGGAGCUACGAUCAUCGCGAAUCUCGAGAUAUGCCGGUUAGCAGGGGCUACGACGACUACGAUUACUCGUGGUACCGCAACGGUAUCAGGGAACGGGAGUACGACCCGUUCGCCUAUCGUCGCGGUUUCGGUUACUACUACCCUGAUCGCUACAGAAUGGAGAGGGAUUAUUACGCGCGUCUGCCCAACGAUUACUCGUACUACUUAGACCGUUACAGGGACGAGGAGCUGGACUUGUACGGCAGAAGCAGACCGACGCCGAAGCCUAAGAGGAUCAUCUACUACGCGACGUUGCCGGAAAUCGUGAGGAAGCCCGUAGAUCUGAGGAACUAUCCGAGGCCUUACGACGCGAGCAGGACACCCGCUUCUAGGGACGGAAGUUAUAAACGUAUUCCAGGAAACGUCGAUCCAACCAGAUAUCGUUACAGACAACCGUACGAUAGUUACGAUUCUUACUCGAAGCGAGCCAGCGUUUUGGACAGACCUUAUUCUUACCCCGAAGAGGAGAGUCGUCGAAAACCGACGCUGGAGAAUUUGCGUAACGAUGAUCACCCGGAGCAGAAUAACGAGAGGAAAAUGGCUGGUCACACGAGGAACGAGGGAAAGAUGCCCUGGUCGGUGCAGAUAGGUACCGAAGUUAGCGUCAAGGACGACGAAAGGAUCUCCGGAAGGAAGAUUUUCGGAGAGAGCAACGGAUACGAUAGAUUUCAGAGCGCUCAGUUGCAGAAAGCACCCGACGCUACCGGCUCUAGCGAGUUGCACACCGAUAACUGAAGCUUCGAACACUGCUUUAGAGGCAUGCUUCGACGAUGGCUGUUUCUCGAAUUAACGCGUAUUUCGCCAGGAAUCGACACCUUGUCCGUGACAGUAACUUUGCAUACGAUAGAAAGUAGAAUUUAGAUAAGAAGUCCCUACUACUUUUCCAGAGUUACCUUAACUCUGUUACCUUAACACGUAAUUUAAGGUAUCGUGAUCGACGGAACUUCCGUUAUCUUUUCCUACGCGUUUAUCGUUAUUUAUAUGUAUACGUUAUUUAUAUGUAUUAACGUAGCGGUUCUCUUUCUUACAAUUUCGAAAGUUUACAAGAUUACUUCCAGUUUCGGAUAUAUUAUUUAGAGAAAGUUUGGAGAAUCGAAAGGGUCGGUGAAGGUUUAUCGAUGAGUUUUCUACCAUUUUCAUAUACGCGUAUCGAUAUUGUAACCAAUUCAAUACGAAUUUUAUUUAUUUUUAAACGUCGUUUCUAACGAUUUUGUAUCGUGCACUUUGUUCGUGAUUCGAUGAUUCGGAAAG